UAAGUGGUUCAUAAGUUUGUUCCCUCUUUUUUCCGCUGCUUUAAACUCUUUACCCUCGCCUCUCGAUUUCUUUCUCCUCCCAAUCAAAACCGAUUACUCUUGCAUUCUCUUCUGUACUAGCAGUGCGGUUGUUAUCCCUGUGAAGAACUGCCGUUGCCCGAAUCGAGUUAGUUGCAAGAUGAGGAAGAAGGUUGAUGCUCGCAUAAGGACUUUGAUUGAAAAUGGAGUAAAGGCUAGGCAUCGAUCAAUGUUUGUUAUUAUUGGCGAUAAGUCACGUGAUCAGAUUGUAAAUCUCAACUAUAUGUUGAACAAGGCUACGAUCAGAUCUAGGUCCAGUGUUUUGUGGUGCUAUAAAGAAAAAUUAGAACUGAGCAGCCACAAGAAAAAACGUGCAAAGCAGAUUAAGAAGCUAAUGCAAAGGGGACUCCUUGAUCCUGAAAAGGUUGACCCUUUCUCUUUGUUCAUUGAAAGUGGAGUGGUUUCUUAUUGCUUAUAUAGGGAUUUGGAGAGAAUACUGGGUAAUACAUAUGGCAUGUGUAUUUUACAGGAUUUUGAAGCAUUGACACCAAAUAUUCUUGCAAGGACUAUUGAAACUGUGGAAGGUGGUGGUUUGGUGGUUUUGCUUCUUCGUACACUCUCUUCACUUGCUAGUCUAUGCACAAUGGUCAUGGAUGUUCAUGAAAGGUUUAGAACGGAAUCGCAUCCUGAAGUAGUUUCUCGGUUCAAUGAACGGUUUCUGUUGUCUCUUGCAUCAUGUAAGGCAUGCUUGGUCAUCGAUGACGAGCUUAACGUUUUGCCAAUCUCAUCACACAUAAAGUCUGUCAUUAGGCCAUCUAUCUCUGAGGGUUAUGAUUCUACGGGAACACAAGAAGAACUAAUGAAUUUGAAGGAACAACUUCAUGAUGUUUUACCCAUCGGGCCUUUACUUGGAAUAUGUACAACACUGGAUCAGGCAAAAUCUGUUUCCACCCUCCUUGAUGCCACUUUGGAUAAAACAUUUCGGAGCACUAUUGCACUGAUUGCUUCUCGUGGACGAGGCAAAUCUGCAGCUUUGGGUUUGGGAAUUGCAGGAGCUAUAGCUGCAGGGUAUUCACAUAUUUUUGUUACUGCUCCUUCCCCAGAAAACUUGAAAUCACUAUUUGGCUUCAUUUGUAGGGGACUUCAUGCGUUGAAUUAUGAGGAGCAUUUGCACUAUGAUUUGGUGAGAAGUACAAAUCCUGAGCUCGGGAAGGCAAUUAUACAAGUACAUGUUUACAAGGAACAUAAGCAAAUAGUUCAGUACAUUGAGCCCCAUGAUCGUGUAAAGCUCUCCCAAGUGGAACUUCUAGUUAUUGAUGAAGCAGCAGCUAUUCCAUUGCCUAUUAUCAAGUCAUUGCUGGGGCAAUAUCUGGUCUUUAUAUCAUCUACGGUGAAUGGAUAUGAAGGCACAGGUCGCUCUUUGUCAUUGAAGCUUUUUAGUCAUUUAGAAAAGCAAAGUCAGAAUCUUGCUUGUGGUGCCAAUUCCAGUUACUCUGGAAACCUAUUCCAGAAAAUAGAAUUAAAGGAGCCCAUCAGAUAUGCAUCUGGGGAUCCUAUUGAGUCUUGGCUUAACAGCUUACUGUGCUUGGAUGCUAUGCAUUUUGUACCUCCUAUCAGCAGCUUCCCUCAUCCUACUGAAUGCAAUUUGUAUUAUGUAAAUCGAGAUACUUUGUUCUCCUUCCACAAAGAUAGUGAAAUAUUUCUACAGCGAAUGGUGGCUCUUUAUGUUUCCUCUCACUACAAAAACUCUCCUAAUGAUCUACAAUUAAUGGCUGAUGCUCCGGCACACCAUCUAUUUGUAUUGCUUGGACCUGUUGACGAGGCAUUAAAUAUUCUUCCAGACAUUUUGUGUGUUAUCCAAGUGUGCCUUGAAGGAAAGAUUUCAUGUAAAUCUGCACAGCAAAGCUUGCAAAUGGGGCGCCUGCCCUCUGGUGAUCAAAUUCCAUGGAAGUUUUGUGAAGAGUUUGAGAAUACAGAUUUUCCAAACCUCUCGGGUGUUCGAAUUGUCAGAAUAGCAGUUCACCCCAGUGCUCUAGGGCAUGGAUACGGUUCGGCUACCCUGAAUCUUCUAACAAGAUACUACGAGGGAAGGUUGACUGCUAUUGAUGAGACAAAUGUUGAAAAGAAUGUAAUGAGGCCUCAUGACAACUUCAUUCAAGCAGCAAAAAAGGUCUCAUUGCUAGAAGAAACUAUUUCUCCUAGAGAAAACCUUCCACCAUUGCUGAUACAUCCUUGUGAAAGAUUACCUGAGAGAGUCCAUUACAUUGGUGCUUCUUUUGGGCUAAACAGGGACCUUUUUUGUUUCUGGAAGAAACACAAAUUUACCCCUUUUUACAUAUGUGAUAAUCCAAAUAACACAACUGGUGAGCAUAGUUGCAUGGUGCUGAAGGCAUUGGAGACUGGUGAUGUUGAACAUGGUGGUUUGGGUUCCCUUGACUUUCUUACUCCAUUCUAUCAGUGUUUCAAGAGAAAGUUUGUGAAACGCCUUCCUUUAUGCUUUCAAGAGUUGGAUUUUAAGCUUUCUAUCAGCAUCUUGGAUCCAAAGAUCAACUUCUCUGAAAUUGAGACGUCAUUAUGUUCAGAAAAAGAAGCUUCUACUUUGGUGAAAUUGAUUUGCUCUCCUAAUGAAUUGAAAUUACUGGAGUCUUACGCUAACAACCGUAAAGAUUAUGGGAAGGUCAAGCAUCUUGUGCCACUCUUUGCCUAUUACUACUUUGAAGAGAAGCUUCCAAUUACACUGUCCCAUCUCGAAGCGUCUCUUUUGUUGUGCAUGGGCUUGCAGCUUCACAGUAUAACUUACAUCGAGGAAAAAAUGAAGAUAGAAAGGCAACAAGUCCUGCAUUUGUUUCGUAGGGUUAUGGUGAAAUUUUACAAGUAUUUUUAUGAUGUUCUAACCAAAGAGUUGGAUAUACCUCAAGAAACAAUGGUUGCAUUGGAGCCGCAUGGUGUGUCACUUGAUGAGGAUUUAAAUGAUGGUGCACAGCAAGUGAUGGAGAAGAUGAGAACGGAAAAUGUGGAUCUGCUGAAACCAGAGUCGCUGCAGCAAUACUCUGUUGAGGAUAGAGAAGGUGAACUUGAGCAAGCUCUUAAAAAAUGUAAUAAGAUAUCUCCUAGUGGCCUUUUUAGUGUGAAGUCCAAUAGAAAAUUAUCUGCAAAAAGCAAAAGGCCUGAAAAUAUUCUUAAAAGUCGAAAGAGGAAAAAGUACAAGGACUUUGCUCCUCUUAUCCAGCAGUCGAACUAGAUUGUGGAAGACCAUUUCAUCUGCAUCUCUCAUGGUUUUUGGGUUUUGGGAGUUAGUAUUAGUACAAGAGGAGGGUUUUAACUUAAAAAUUUUGUUUAUGGAUGAUCUAAUUUAUUUUAUUCUUUUGGUACUAGUUCAUGGUGUAAUAUAUUAGCUUUAUAGCUUACUGUUAUUUUCCUACAA